GCUGGUUUACCGCCUCGCGCAGGGAUCUUUCCUUUUGAGCACGGGCGCCUGGAUUUAAAGGGAAAGUCAGCGCCGUUCACGGCGUUAUAGGCCGCCCCAAACACCAGGACUUUUCCUAAAGGCGCCGACAUUAGGGUGAGCAUGCACUCUCUAUUAUAAGAGGGAGGGAAGUGAGCCACAGUGGAGAGGGCAGAAAUGAAUUUUUAUGAAAGCUUCCUUUAAGUUCCUAAUUCUUCAGACAGCACGGACAUUUUAUCAGCUGUCAGCAAAGGCGCCUACGAAAUUUUCUGUUCCGCUUCACUUUCCAAGACAUCCAGUUCUUCAUCAGGGCAUCGGUCGCUUAAAUUGUGCUGUGAGGGUCUGCAACUGUCACAGUAUGGCAGAGCAGCGGUACUUGGUAGAGUAUGCCAAACGUGGCACUGCUGGUUGCAAAAAAUGCAAGGAGAAGAUUGGCAAGGGAUUGGUACGCAUAGGCAAAGUGGUUCCAAACCCUUUCAGCGAGUCUGCUGGGGACAUGAAAGAGUGGUACCAUGUCAAGUGCAUGUUUGAGAAACUUGAGCGAGCAAGGGCAACCACCAAGAAGAUUGAUGAUCUUACUGAACUGGAAGGAUGGCAAGAGCUUCAAGACCCUGAGAGAGAUCUGAUUACUCAGCACAUCAAAGAACUUGCUGCCAAAGCAGGAGCCACACCUCGAAAAAAGACCCCAUCGAAGGCAAACCAGUCUCCAGCAGCACAGGCAUCGGCAACCAAUAAAGCGCCAGCAACGAGCCCUUCCCCUCUCAAAUUUUCAGGAUUCUCUGCAAAAUCACCCCAGGCUCCAGCUCCACCCAUACCCAGUUCUAGUAGCGGUUCAAGUCUUUCAACGGCAAAGUGUGACCCCAAACAUAAAGACUGCCUUCUGCGUGAGUUUCGUAAGCUCUGUGCGAUGGUUGCUGAGCAGUCAAGCUACAACACCAAGACACAGAUCAUCCAUGACUUCCUCACCAAGGGCACCAGUGGUGAUGGUUUCCAUGGCGAUACGUACCUGACAGUAAAGCUGUUAUUACCGGGAGUCAUUAAGAGUGUGUACAACCUGAACGAUAAGCAGAUUGUCAAGCUCUUCAGCCGUAUUUUUAACUGCAACCAAGAUGACAUGGUUCGGGAUCUUGAACAGGGAGAUGUCUCAGAGACUGUUCGUAUUUUCUUUGAAGACAGCAAACAUUUCCCUCCAGCCGCUAAAAGUCUUUUAACGAUUCACGAUGUGGACGAUAUGCUCACCCAGCUCUCCAAGAUGACCAAAGAAGAGGACCAACAGAAAGUCCUGGAAGACAUUGCCAGCAGGUGUACCAGCAAUGACCUGAAAUGUAUCAUCCGUCUCAUCAAACAUGACCUGAAAAUGAAUUCUGGUGCUAAGCAUGUAUUGGAUGCUCUUGAUCCCAAUGCAUAUGAUGCAUUUAAAGCUUCUCGCAAUCUGGGGGAUGUUGUGGAGAGAGUUUUACGCAACCAACAGGAAGCACCAGGAAUGAAACGCACACUUAGCGUUCAGGCUUCCCUGAUGACCCCUGUUCAACCCAUGCUGGCUGAGGCCUGCAAAUCUAUAGAGUACGCCAUGAAGAAAUGCCCAAAUGGAAUGUAUGCCGAAAUAAAGUAUGAUGGGGAGAGAGUUCAAGUACACAAAAGUGGUGAUCACUUCAGCUACUUCAGCCGUAGCCUUAAGCCUGUUCUUCCCCAUAAGGUUGCUCAUUUCAAGGAUUAUAUUCCUAAAGCUUUUCCUGGCGGGAACAGCAUAAUCUUGGAUGCUGAAGUUCUUCUGAUUGAUACCAAUACAGGCAAGCCCCUGCCCUUUGGAACGCUGGGUGUUCACAAGAAAGCGGCUUUCAAGGAUGCAAAUGUGUGCCUUUUUGUCUUCGACUGCAUCUACUUUAACGGAGUUAGCUUAAUGGACAGGCCACUUUGCGAGCGGCGGAAGUUUAUGCGUGAUAAUAUGGUGGAGAUUGCCAACCACGUUAUGUUCUCUGAGAUGAAACAUGUCACAAAAGCUACAGAUCUGGCUGACAUGAUCACUCGUGUAAUCAGAGAGGGUUUGGAAGGACUUGUCUUAAAGGAUUUAAAGGGGAUCUAUGAGCCAGGCAAACGCCACUGGUUAAAAGUGAAGAAGGACUACUUAAAUGAAGGUGCAAUGGCAGACACUGCUGACUUGGCUGUCUUGGGUGCAUAUUAUGGAAAGGGAGCAAAUGGUGGCAUGAUGUCAAUCUUCCUUAUGGGCUGUUAUGACCCACAAAGCCAGAAGUGGUGUACUGUGACCAAGUGCUCAAGUGGUUAUGAUGAUGCUACACUUGCACGUCUUCAGAAGGAGCUGGACAUGGUGAAGAUCAGCAAAGAUCCAUCCAAACUACCUGUAUGGCUGAAGAUCAACAAGAAUUACUACCCGGAUUUUAUUAUACGGGAUCCUGAGAAAGCUCCCAUUUGGGAAAUAACUGGAGCAGAGUUCUCUAAAGCAGAGGCCCACACGGCAGGUGGUCUCUCUAUUCGGUUUCCGCGCUGCACCCGUUUCCGUGAUGACAAAGACUGGAAAAGUGCAACGACCCUCCAACAGCUAAAGGAGCUUUAUCGUUUGUCUAAAGAGAAAUCAGACUUCAGCAUUGCAGCUACAUCGUCUCAGGAUGAGGGAGGGUCAUCUGAGAGCAGCAGCCGUGAAAAUGAUGGCAAUUCAAGGCCACCCUCUCCUAGUGGCAAAACUCCAAAAGCUGCUACUUCUAAAUCCCCUGCCAGAGAAAAAAAGCAAGAUAGUAAAAAACCACCUCCACCACAGAAAAAGGAAGAGCCACCCAAAGCAGAGAAGCGUAAAUUAGAACCUCCAGUUUCUGUGCAGAGUAAAAAGUCCAAAAGCUUAGAAGCUAGUCAUAGCAAUGGACACGGCGUGGCCCAGUUACAGUCUGCUUCCAAGACCCUCCUGGAUAUAUUCACUGGUGUAAAGCUAUAUCUACCUUCCUCAAUGGAUGAUUUUGCCAAGCUCCGUCGCUACUUUGUUGCCUAUGAUGGAGACCUUGUACCGGAAUUUGAUGCUCCUUCGGCCACACAUGUAAUGGGUGACAUAGCGGAGAGUUCUCCAGAUGCCAAACACGUAACACCACGUUGGAUUUGGGAGUGCAUCAGGCGCAGACGAUUAGUUGCACCAUGCUGAUGCACAUUAGACUUCUGGCCAGAUAUGACAGUUUGUCUACAUUUUGAUGUUUACAACAGUGGCAUAGGAAUAAUUGAAAAUGUUUUAUGCACAUGCUCUAUCGUGUUGUUGGAGUCACUAGCUGGUAUGUUUGUCGGUGAUAGAAAAGGCGUAGCCAAAAGAGAAAAAAACACAUUCUCUGGAUUACGAAGACUGAACCUUACAUCUGCAGUUUCAUAGUACAUAGCCCCUUCCCAUUUACCCAAAUUAACUUGGGUAUAGAAAUUUGCUUCUUUUUUCUGUGCCACCGACAACUGGACUGAUGCGGCUCUUUGCCGCAGUUCUAAAUGUGCUUUUUUUUUUUUUGUAAUAUAUAUGCCGGCAGAGGGUAUUGACAUGAAAGAUUACUUUGCAUUAUUUUCAAAGCACAUGUUUGAUUGUGACAUUUUAUAUUUCAACAAGGUUGUCUGUGUGGACUUUUAAAAUCAUUCUUAAAUCGAAAAAUGAAUGGAAAAGCAUGAAUGUUGCUGAGGCCCCCAACAGUGGAAUGGCCAUCUGUUUCCUAAGCUGUAACAGGGUGCCCUUACUAUUGAGUGAUUUAUAAUUGGUUAAAUUUAGCUCUGCAGUCCAAUUUGUUAAAUGUUAAUGCCUAUAUAUGACUGCAUUCACAAAGCCAUUUAAUGAAAUUCUGAUUAUGAGCUCGUGGGUAUUUUAGAUUUGGCCAGAUGAGUUGAAUGGCUGCUCUACCCCACUGGUUAACCUAAUGUACUAUAUUAAGCCAAUUCAUAUGGUAUUUCAGUUUCUGUCUUUACUUUAAAAUGCUUCUUCGUUCAGCAAAUCAACGAAGACUGGUUAAUCUGAAUCGAUCAAGGGCCUUUUCGCAACGAUAGCAUUUUUAUACCCCAAAACACUGUAGCAUUGUUUUGUUUGCUUCUGUUGAACAGGACCUGUCUGAAAAACA